AUGAAUUGUGAAGGGCAACAAACACUUGAUUUACUCUUUGCAGCUGAUGAACUUGGUAUUGCAGAAAUAUUGGAAUGUAUCCAAAAACAUAUAAUAGAAUAUCAAGCCGAAUGGAUGGAUAAAAAUUUCAUUACUUAUCAUCGGAACAUUUUCAGGAAUGAGGCUUUCAAGACUCUUCAAGAUUAUUACAUUAACAAAAUUUCAACCGACCCUUCGAGUAUAUUUUAUAGAGAUGAUAUUUUUAAUCCAGAGGUAUUAAGUUCUCUUGACCAAUAUGGGUGUAUUAAAUUAGAUGAAGCUAUUUGGGGUUAUAUUGUCAACUGGGCAAAACUUCAAAUUCCGAGACUAGGAAACAAAGUCGCAGGAUGGGGCAAGAAAGAUUGGGACGAAUUCAAGUUUGCUCUCUCGCAAUGUAUUCCUUGGAAAAGUGUUUUAUCUUUAGACUGGAAUGAAUUCCACGAUCUUUUAGUUCCUUGUGAACCAUUUUUACCAGCGGAUAAAUUCGAACAUGCACUUAAACAGCAGUUAAAAAAAGCAUGUGGUUCAUCAACUACGAUUUCUUCACCAAUUUCUAUUCAAUUCAAUGGUACAAUUAUUAACAUUUGUCAUGCUACAUUAAUUUCAAGUUGGAUCGAUCAUCGAGAAGAAACCCCUUAUAGACCAGCAGAAAUACCAUAUGAAUUUAGAUUAAUGCUCCGCGGAAGUCGUGAGGGAUUUUCACCGGAUAUAUUUUACCAACGAUGUGAAGGAACUCAGAAAACAGUAGUAGUCUUCAAAAUGGCUAAAACCGGUGGAUUAUAUGGAGGAUAUAAUCCUUUGGAUUGGAAAUUUGAUCGUACCACUAAGGAAAGUUUUAUUUUCAAUUUUGACGAAGAAAAAGCAGAAAUUACUAGGCUUAAUUCAUUUGCAAUUCAUAAAAAACCCGGAUAUGGUCCUUGUUUUGGCACUAAAGAUUUAUUAUCAUUCCCGAAUGGAGAUAGGUCAAUUUUGUGGAAGACAACUGAUAGUUCAUAUUCAUUGACAGUUUCAGAUUACGAAGUUUUUCAGGUUGUGGAAAAGCCUAGAAGAUCUAUGUUCGGAUCUACAUCACAGAGCAAUGGAAUAACUCAUAAAAAGAGGUAG